AUGACACCGUAACAAAAACGCGAGACAAAUCAAUUAUUAGCGAAGAGAGAAAAAAAAACUUAUUCACUUAAUGAUUACUCUCGCAAAGAAAAGCCUAACAAAAGCAAACUUUACAGUUUGAUGACACAUACAGUUUCAUCAACAAGUGGCUCAACUAAUCGGCCACGUCUCUGUCGAUCAGAACAUCAGCCAAACAUGCUUGAGUACAUCGAUACCACAUUGAACGACGCAUUUUCGUCACGCUUGAAGUUACAAAUGAACACAACAACAAACAGCACGAAUACAAUCAUGCCGAAUGCAUCUGAUCAGUUUGGCAACACCAUUGUCGAUCAAUAUCUGCUUUACAUACUCUGUCAAAAGUUAAAUCCCAAUUAUAUGGAUGAUCGUACCGAACAACUGUACCAUUCCUUACAUCAAUUCUUCGUAUCCAAUGGUAAAAUCUCAAAAUCAUUCUUUGAAUAUUCACCACCAACCAUCGCUCGUUCCACUUAUUCGUCUCUGUUUAACAACUAUACCAGUUUCAUCUGGAAUGAAUUCGACGUGGACAUUCUGCUCGAACUCGCAUGCUUCCUAUUGAAGUACCGUUUACGUGAUAUAUUUAUAAUCAUCACAAAUAAUAAAUGCAGUUCAAAUAGUGUUCGACAGAAGAUACUUGGUUAUUUCGUGGAAAUUAUUGCCAUUUAUUACCUUUCGACACAACAUCGUGAAUUUUUUAUCAGUUCACGUUCAACAGACAUGCUCUUUCCAUAUCCAUCAGCGGCUUUAAGUUCUGAAGGAUGUCACACUGGUCAAGAUACAUCUAUAUUUAGUAAAUUUCUCCGUAAACUAUUUGAUAAUGGUGAAGUUCAUUUUGAUAUGCGACAAAUAAAACUUCUUCUUCAAUCGGAUGCAUACCAAUUCGUCAAUAAGAAGUUGGAAAGCAAAAAAAUUGGCUUCAUUAACUUUUUCGAUACAAUUAUUCAUUGUCAACAAGAAACAUCCUGUGGAACAUUGAAAUCUCUCUGUCGUAUGUCUCUAACAGAUUUACCCGAUGUUGCUUUACUGAAAAUUUUUCGUACAUUCGACCAAAUCGAAUUAGUAAAUUUCUAUCAAAAUUUUUUGUCAUCAAAACGUCUGCGGAAUCUGAUACAUCACAAUCCGUGCUUAUGGACAUGUAUUCAUAUAAAAUCGACCGUUGAUUACAAUCUAUUUACAUGCUUCACUCGUUUGCUAACAGCUAAUGCAGCAACAAUACGACAAUUGGUUAUAGAUGAACUGGACAUCAUAUGUCGAAAGAUUUUACUUGAAAACGGGUUUUCAUUGAAGAAGUGUUUACAACUUGAAGAACUAACCAUUCAUGAUGAACACAUUGGAAAUAGUUUACACUCGACGAAAUUCUGUUCAGCAACAUUGAGAACUCUACGUUUAACGAAUGAUCAGACUAAUUUCACCGAAGUGAGUUCGUCAAAUCAACUGAGAACGUUACAUUUAACAAUGCAUUCAACAGAUAUUCUCAAAAAUCAAUUACAAUCACUGACUAACUUACAUUUGAAAAUCAUGUUUGAUUAUGAUCAUCGUUCACACGAGAUAUUCUCUCGUUUACCUACCUGUUCAUUGCACACUUUCACACUUAAAUUUCUUUUUGUCAAUAACAAUUCAUCUUUUCCCAAUGAAUUCCAUCAAUAUGUAAACUCUUGCCAUUAUCUUCAUACGUUACAGCUAUCCUAUUUACACGGCAUGUGUCCGUUUCCCCUUCAUCACACUCUGAACUAUCCAAAAUAUCGACGAUUGAUCCUAAUGAAUAUCAGCCAUCUAAACCAAACGGAAGAAUUCAUCACUCUGCAUCAGUGUACAUUGCCCCCUGUGUAUUUCCAAUUGAACUCCGCAUCCAACCUUAAUCGACACUCAUCUUGUAUUCAACAAACAUAUUGGCAUACGAAUCAAUUGCUGUCUCUCGAUUAUAUCCAAUGUGUUACGACAUCGGUCGAACUCCUCAAUGAAUACAAUAUCACAUGGUCCGACAAGAAUGGUAAAAGCCAAUCAUUCGAAUCGUACUUUCUUCGUUCGGUAUAUAAUAUCCCACAUAUAAUAGUGCCUCUUCGUAAGUUAAUUAUCACUAAAUUUGAAUUAAGUCUUGAUGGUCUGGUUACAUUGAUGACGAAUUUAUCAUUAUUAACUGAUUUGAUUAUAUCAGAUGGUAAAAUUGAUCAAAUGGGAUCAGGAAUAUGGGAUUUAAAACGUAUUCUGGAUACUCCAAUUGUUACAGUACAAUCGAAUGUCAAGACAGUGAUUAUGAAUAAUAUUCGCAUGUCUCGACGGACAAUCGUGAAAUUUUCCUUUCUCACCCGACAAUUAGCUUCUCUGACAUUGCACAAUGUAAACGUCUUGGAUAGAACAUUACAGUCAGAUUUUCUGACUUUUCUCAAACAAGUUGCGCAUCAAACCAGUCAGUUCCGAUGGUCGCAUUUGCAAUCCUUGACGUUAGGAAAGAAUAUGAUUAAUCAACAAAAUCUUUGUUCAUUUAUUCCGACACAUCCUCAUCAACUUUAUUCGACAAAUCUCGCUCAUCUUCGUUUUAUUAUACAUGAUCAAACCUUGUUCGAACCGACAGACAUAUUUUUGAAGUCGAUGAAGAAACUCAUCAGAAUGUAUUCGAAUUUAUCGUCAUUUAUCAUCGAACUCACUCGGAAAUACGAUGCACAUUUUCUUUUACGUAAUCAAAUACAAACAGUAUUCGAAAGCAAUGUAAACAGGAGAGUUGAUGUAUUUUCAACGAACAACGACUGUGCCUUUCGGUUUUGUUUUGGUAAAAACAUCUCCGUUGAAGAUGAUGACGAUAGUCAAUCUUCUGUUAAUCAAAAGAAACGAACAUUCUGUGGCAUUCCAUUAUUUCAAUCGAAUAAACAGCGAAAAUUAAAUGUUUUUUUCUAA